UCAGCCGGGCUUUGGAUUCCAUGGUGUGUCGACGAUGAUUGGACGUGUUGUUUGGUUGUUGUUUGGAUUUCUCGUAUGCCAUGUAUCCAACUAUAUAGAGGUGGUAUUCUAUGUACACAAGAGACGAACCCUUCUAGCAUUCAGUGGGCUUAGAGAGAUCACGCUUGGGCUCGGGAAUUCUGUAUGUGCCCAGUAAGAUACGCUUUCGUACAUUGAUGGUAUUGGUCCAUCCGGGCCGGAGGUGACUUUUACAUCAUUAGAAGAUUUUUUCGAUGAUCAAUCGGAGUGGACCAACACGGUCAAUUAUGUUGGUGCUGUUAGGGUUAAAGUGAAAAGAAUCUACGCGCAGUGAUUCAAAUCUAGUCAAGUGAAUGUAGAACCGACGACGACGUGUCAGAAAAGAGCUUUCAAUCUGAGUUCUGUGUCGAAAACUCACGAAUUGGUGGCGUUUGUUCAAGAUAAAUGUGAUAAGUGAAGGUGCAAUUCAAAUUUAUCCCACUGACUGCGGUUGUUGUGAUAUUUGCACGGGAAAGGUAUCAUCGAAAGAUAAUGAUGAUGCAGUGAUGAGUCAUCCGUAGCUCCCCAAAUAGUCCCCGAAGCGAGUUCUUGGAAGGAGGGUACAGCAAGUCUCGCAUUUGGAGCCUGCAUCGUUGGGCUACGGAAAUUAGCUUGCAGCUCGGCAGCAUUUUAAUCCUAUGACGUAGUUGUUGGAAACCAGUUCGGCCGCGUACUUACAGCGAAUAAGUUUCACUUCAAUUCAAGCUAGAGGGUGUGAUCGGUGUUUAGUUUGAGCGUAGAACUUCGUUUGUAGCUAUGGCGGUGAAAGCGGUUUGGUGUAGUGCAUGGAUCCUACUGUUGACCUUCAGCGUGUUGGCAAUGCCGGUAGCACUGGAGCAAUGUCACGACGAUAAACCAUGUCCGGAGGAUGAGUACUGCGAUCAGCAUAGCUUCAACUGUUCUCCAUGUAGUGAAAUUUGUUCCAGUGCGGUGACACGAGUGGAUUGUAAUAAGAAGUGCAAAGAUUAUCUCAUCUUGCAAAGGAUCGCUACACUAGAAAACAACCUCUACACCACCAUCAUAGUAUACGCCAUCAUUCUUCUUCUGCUGGCGAUAACCGUGGUGGUGAUCGUCGUUCGAUGGUGCCGCAAAAGCAACCACUUUUCGUGGUCCUUCCUGAAGCGUUUGCUGGCCCGCGAAAAAUCCAACCCCCCAACGAUGGAGUACACCCACGAGAACCCGCACACCAAGAGCCCAAAACUUAGCACCCGAUCCGGAAGCAACAGCAACGCCCUUCCACCGUUGCCUCAGGUUGCCACGAUCAGCCCGCCCAGCACCUACAUGGGUUCGGACGGGGCUUCGGUCCAAACCGUUACUACGCCUAUCAGCGGACGCUAUCCGGCCGAGGAUUGGAGGGAAAACCACGCCUAUGAUAAUGGCGGCCUGGUGGUGACUCCGACGGAGAACACCUAUGAGUACGUGGAGGCCAAGAUGAACAUGCGACGCCAGCUUCCGUUCCCCAAUUGAGCGAGUGCUUUCGGAUCUUUUUUGAGCAAAACGAGACGAGAUCGUUCCUUACAAAAGAAGUAUUUAUUUUUCGGUAUCGUAGAAAAAAAAACUCAAUCUCGAAUUAGGCACUUUUGGGAAAGUUUGCUCACUCAUUUAUUUGUCUACAUCUUUCAUCACACACACACACACACACACUGUCACACGUAGGAGUAUGGUACUGAUGAUUUAAGAGAUUCAAGAAUUCGCUUUAUUAAGUAAAGGCACAAAUUGCAUGGCAAUUUUGUUCGACUUCCUUCCAGUUGUAAAUAUUGGCUACCUAUUUUAGGGAACAAGUCUCAAUCAUAAAGUAUACAUUCAAAGUAGUUAAUAUACAUAUUUCAGUAUUGAUAGCUUUAGAUAGUAAGUUUGUGAAAACAUAGUUUUAAGUAUUGAGUCAAUAAUAAACCAGGAGACAUCAGAGUACUGCAUCACACGAAA